AGCACCAUGAUGUUCGUCGCGGUGCUGUUGGCGUGCUGUGCUUUUCUCACCAGCGUGGUUGGUGCCCCCGAUAAGACUGCAGUUAACAAAGUCGAUCUCUAUAACACCAGUGCACUUAGCGAAGUCUUCUAUCCAGUUGGCGAAGGCGUCUCUAGCAAUAGCACCAGGGUCUUCGAGGUGGCAGAAGCAUUGGCAAAAUCUGAAAACUGGACCAAUCCGCCUCCAUACAUCCAGUCGCUGCGGUUGUUAAAGUUUCAUGGGGCUGUGUUGAAGGAAUUACUGCCCCGCGAAAAGCUGCCAAUUACCGACCAUCGUCGCCAUUACGUGCUCAUAGCUGGCGUGCUGGCAGGCAUGGUGGAGUAUCUCAACAGUGACUGCACGCCACCAGACUACGACCACGAGUUCAUCCCAAUCGUGGACGUCCUGGUCCCGAUAGUGUGGCAGGACCCCCAUGCGGCCGUGGAGAAGCUGGACGGCUUCAUCCAGGAUAUCAAAGACUCCGUCAGAGUUAUUCAAACGCUAGUAGAUUGGCACUGCAUCAAAAUUAAGGAUCCAGAACGCUGCAACCGCGUGAUUCAAGCGUACGCCUACAAUGACCCGGACAACCUGGAAGAUUCACUGGACCUGCUGGUUUUGGUGGGUGAGCUGGCGGAGAUUUACGCAAGUAACAACUACGCCGGCGAAGCAUCGAACUACAACUCGGUACGGUUGCUCAUCACGGGCCAGAAGAAGCUAAAGCCUCUGAUAGAAAAGGGUGCUGAGGUCUACAAUCGACUCUAUGGGGAGCAUUGCGUGCCUUAGAAAUGUGCUUCUGGAAGGGAAAAUAGAUUUAUACCUUAGUACUUAGGUACAUUAUUUUGGAAGAACAAUAAAAUCAUAAAAUAUAUUGAAAAUGUCCAGUCAAAUUAAGAAAGUUAAAAUAUUUUUAAGCAACCUUCAUUAGAGUUAUACUCAAUUGAA